AUGAAGGUCCUAGCUCCCCUCAUCCUACUUCUAGUCCUUGUUAGCUCCUUAGUGGCCGAGGCCCAUGAUGUCGGUGAACUCUCCAGCAAUCUUCGCAGCAAAACGGAGACUACGAGAAUCAGUCAUCUUAAGGGGCGUGGUUGUGUUGACUUCGACGGUUGGGUUUAUGAUAAGGGAGGUCCAUACGAAUCAUAUUGCGAGUGGUACAAAGGAGAGGACCAGGAGGAUGGCACGCCGAAUUGCGAGUACUGGGGCGAGGACAUCGGAGCAGAUGGCAACACUGCAACACAAGCCUGUUGUGUUUGCGGAGGAGGCAGUUCUGGCGGUUCGGUGUCAACCUCCACCACCAAUGCUCCUGUCGCAGUCACAGCUUCCACCGUUGCUCCGGGAGCUGCCGGUGGCGAUGCAGCCAAAUGGGUCGAAGCUCACAACAAACGCCGCGAGAAGUAUUCCAAAGACUGGGCACACUUGGGGUACGAGUACAAGGCAGUUGGAUGGAACGAAGACCUUGCCGCUCAGGCUCAAGCUUGGGCGGAUCAUCUUAUUGCCAAGGAAUGUGGCUACAUUCCCCAUUCGUCACAGAAGUGUGUUACCGAAGGAGAGAACAACGCUCAGGAGCAGAGUAUGCCUGACCCUCCUGCCAGGGACAUUGAUGGCGUGCUAACUGCUUGGACUGACGAUGAAAUCGCUGGUGAUCCAGCGGAGGCUGGUCAUGCCUCUCAAGUGCUCUGGAAGGACUCUACAGCCAUUGGCUGUGGCUAUGCCACUGGUACCUGCAGCGAUGGCUGGGAAACUGCGGUUCAAGUUUGCCGCUACUUCCCAGCUGGAAAUCUCAAUUGCGGUGGCCCCUGCAUUAACGCUGUGAAGAAAAAUAUCAUGCCAGUCGAUAACACAAAGCCAAUGAAAUCUACCAGUGACAUGCACGAAUGCCUGAAGAAAGAGGAGCAAACCUAUGGUAAAUAA